AUGAAGGCUUCACUGUCAGUUAUUCUUUUAUUUACAUCUGGACUUCUAGCCAGCCCUGUUCCUGAGGCUGCCUCUUCAGUCACCUCAACCAAAAGCACCCCUCCCCGUCCACUUACUCUCCCGACCCCUGCUGUUCUCCCAGCAGGCCCUGAUGGGGGGGAGACUCCAGUAGAUCCCUUUAUCCCUCCUCAGAAGUGUCCGAAGAAAAACCAAGUUUUUGUUGAGUGCGGAACAGCAUGCCCUGCCAGGUGCUUUCAGCCGCCACCCACUAUCUGCACAUUGCAGUGCGUUAUCGGAUGCCAAUGCGCACCAGGAUUUUUCUUGAACAAGGUAUGUCAAUAUCAAGCUUGUCCUUUGCAAGAUUGCGGUAUACUAACAUGGCUCAAGGCUGGCUCUUGUGUGACGGCUCUCGGGUGUGUGUGGGAUAUCUUCAACAAGAGCUCUUGA